AUGAAUGACCUAAACAACGUUGACUACUUGUCAAGGAUUCUAGAUAACUGGUCUGUUUCAUCUGGAAAUCUAUGUCCGCCAAAAAAUGACGGGAGUAACACUCUGCGAGAAAUUUGUUAUCCCGUCACUUUGGGUGAUAUGACAAACGAUACUAUGAAUGUGGUGAACAUGUUGAUCAGCAAACGAUUUUAUACAUUUUCACCACCUGCUUUCGGUAUUGUUAAACGACCUGGUGAUGAUUUUUAUCCAUGGCAAUGUGUAUUGGCUGAAGAAGCACCAGUAAUGGCAACAACUGUUUAUCGUCAAGCCGUUGAUAAGGCUGAUUUUGAAUGUGUAAUAGAUGAAAGUGGUAAACUAUAUCAACCUCGAAAGACAACUUCAAUCAGGCGUUAUCAUCCAAAAGAUAACCCACCAACAAGUUUAGGAUAUUUAAAAGCAUCAGUCAAACAAUUAUUAGAUAAUCUAAAUCCCAGUUCGAAGUCUUUGUCGAAUCAUCAUAGUUUAUUCAUUUCUCCAGUACAUCAAAAUCUAAUGGAAGCACGCUUAAAACGUCUGAAAUUAGAAGAGAAAAUGCUAAUGCAAGCAGAGAAAUUAGAUAUGUUGGAAAAAAUAAGAAAACCACUACCUAAAUGGUACACAAUUAAAACUCCACAAUUUUUCUAUGAAGCUCGUAAACAUAACGAAUUAUUGAAAAGUCGUCAGUACUCAGAUUAUUUAUAUUAA